AUAUUGUGUCAACGUGACAGCUCGGUGUGUUGCGCAGUUUCACCUGAUCUAAAGUUCAAGGUACCGUGAGCUGGUUUGGUUUGGUUCUGUGGGAUCUCUAGCAUUCAUCUCCAGCUGGGGACCGGCCUGUUUGUCUGCACACAAGCCUUUUAAACUCAAAAGAUCAGAGACCAUGGGAGAGUGGAGUUUUCUGUCCUCUCUCCUGGACAAGGUCCAGUCCCACUCCACUGUCAUUGGAAAGGUCUGGCUCAGCGUGCUUUUCAUCUUCAGGAUCAUGAUCCUCGGAGCUGGAGCAGAAAAGGUUUGGGGCGAUGAACAGUCGAAUAUGAUUUGCAACACCAAACAGCCCGGUUGCAAGAACGUCUGCUAUGACCAAGCCUUCCCAAUCUCACACAUUCGGUUCUGGGUCCUCCAGAUUAUCUUCGUCUCGACACCAACACUGAUCUACCUUGGUCACGUCCUCCACAUUAUCCACAAAGAAGACAAGAUAAGAGAAUAUAUGAAGACCCACUCUAGGGCUGAAAAACUUCCCAAGUACUCUGACGACAAAGGCCAUGUCAAGAUUAAAGGGGACCUGCUGGGAAACUACAUGACCUCCAUAUUUUUCCGGAUCGUUCUGGAGGUAGCGUUCAUUGUUGGGCAGUACUAUCUGUACGGGUUCGUCAUGGUCCCGAGAGUCGUCUGCACCCGAGUCCCAUGUCCCUUCACCGUAGAGUGCUACAUGUCUCGACCCACAGAGAAGACCAUCUUCAUCCUCUUCAUGCUUGUCGUGUCCUGCAUCUCUGUUCUUCUCAACGUAGUAGAGAUCUUCUACCUGGCGUGUACUCGCUCGUGCAGACGAAAGAACACAAUGCCGGCUACCGCCAUCGCCGUUCACCCGCGUUUCAACGGUGACAGCCUGACGAAAAGCGAGAAGCUUAGCCUCCGUGACGGCUCCAGCACAGCCUGAAGAACGCCACUUAGAUCCAAUGUGCAAAAUGUAAACAGUCACAUACCGAGUAGUUACCGAGACAACAGGAGGGCAAA